UAAAAAGAUAAAAUAAAAUAUAGGCACGCCAGAAUCAGAGACCGGAUAGAUGUCAACGUGUGAAACAAGGUGGACGGCGCUCUUUUCUUCCCACGACUAUCAGUAAAUAUCACUGUAUGAAAAGAUAAUUGUGUGUGGUUCUGAGGAUGACCAGUAUUAACACUUCAGUGGAUUUCUUUGAACAUCCCCUUGAUCCUAUGGAUGAGAGAACCUAUGCAAGUCCAUGGAAUAGAGCCAAUCCUGUACUGCCUACAUCCCACUUGGAUCAGAACAGCUUUGCUGAAAAUGGCUCUGUUCCUCAGUUUGCUCCAACAUCUCAAGCUCCAAGAUUGCCUGGCUCAGGGACCCCUUUUGGAAGUUCUAUUUUUCAGUGUACCAACUGGGAAAGUUCUCAGAGACAAGCUGUACAGGGUCAUACAUCUAUAUUUCAAAGAGCAAAUAUGAACAGAGAUAUUUCUGAGCAAGUGUUUAUGCAAUCAAAUCAGUGUCAUCUGAGAACCUCCCAAGCACUAAGCAGCUAUGAAGACUCUCAAAACAAUGUUCUUCAUAAAAAACAACAAGAAACAGUCAUUUGUAAUGAAAAUAAUACCUCUUAUGGUGAUGCUCUAACUUCUAGUCAGCCAAUAGCUAAGAGGGUUCCUGUUUUUAAAACAACCCGUGGCAAAGCCUCCAGCAUACCUGAAAAAGGAAAGAAGAGGUUGGUAUCACCAUCUCAAGAAGAGCCUAUAAAAAGACAUUCAGGAUUACCCUUAUUUAGUCAUUCACAGAAAUCUGCCUUCAAGCCUGUGUCUAAAGUUGGUAUCAAAGAGUCUGCUGGUAACUCAUACCUUUUGCCCACACCUAAAAAAGAAGAUUGUGAAAAUGACUCAGUUAAUCAACUUAAAACACAACCAUUAAAGCCAAAAUUUGGUAAAUCACACCACUGUCCUAACAAGAAAAUCAAGAGUGAAAAAGACCCAGAUUUAACUCAUCAUAAAGUUGGGGGAGGAAACAAUGAGGCUUCUGAUGCUGCUCUGAGUAACAAGACAGGAAAAAGGAGUGAAAUUAGGCAUGGAUCACAGACAGAUACAGAUUCUUCACCAAUAAAAGAUGAGUCAAAUAAUGAUGAAGACAAUAUUGAUGUCAUUGGAACUUCUGACAUAGAAAAUGAUUCAGAAUUAGAAGAUUUACUUGCCCUUACACCCAUUCAGUGCCCUAUAGCUGGCAAGAUGAUCCAAAUGAAGAAGAAUCUAUCUACCACUGUUAAAAGCAAAAUUAAGCAAUUGCCUAGGAGUAAAGGUAACAAGAAAUUAGUUUCUGAAUUAAAUCAGGAUAAGAAGGUAAAUCAGUCUCAAGAUGUGAAAGGCAGCAGGAAAAAAAUGAUACCUGUAAUUAAAGCUAAAAAGGAGAAUCUGUCACAGGCAGUUAAAAAUACUAAUAGUCAAUGUCAACCACCAAAGGGAGGUAAGAAAAAGAGUAAUUUACAGGAGAUUUCCAACACAAAGAAGAAAACUUCCUUCAGUGACUGUGAUACCAAACCCAGCAGCCUAACAGAGAUGCACUUAAAAACAAAGAAGAAAAUCACAAAGAGUUCAUCAAGUUCAUCAUCCAGACAUCAAACUAUGAAGCAUGGACCAUAUAUUCAGAAGGGAGAAAGUACAUAUGAGUCUUAUACAGAUUAUUCAAAUCAGGAAAUAACAGUCAGUGAAGAUAGUUCUGAAAGUAUCUUACAAUCAUCAACAUCUCAUGACUCCUCUAAGAGAUCUUCAGAUUUGAAAUUUUCAAGAUUAUCACCAGAACCUUCUCCAAAUCCUAUUGCUGCUGAAGAAAAUGCACUAGACAGAGAAAUAGCUCAUGAUAGCAAUAAAAAUAUUAAAAAAACUACUAGAAAUGCAAAUGAAGAAAUCACUGAUUUUUUGGACAGUAGCAGACACAAUAGGAAAACUACUGGAAAUGAAAAUGAAGAAACUACCAGUCUUUCAGAAACUGUAAAGGAGAGAGUCAUGCAGUUGCUAAACUCUGUGGAUGAAGAUUUAUGGGUCCAGUGUGACAGAUGCUUGAAGUGGCGUAAGUUGAUACAAAUCAUUGAUCCAGCUACACUUCCUGACAAGUGGUAUUGUACAAUGCUGCCUUUUCCUGGAAAGAAUUCUUGUGAAGAACCAGAAGAGGAAUGGCAAGAAACAGACAGAAAAUAUGUAUAUUAUGAACAUCAGUUUGUUAUAGGUUCAGUGGUAUGGGCCCAGGUGCCUGGAACCCCCUGGUGGCCAGCCAUGGUAGAUAUUGAUCCUGACUACAGGAGGUAUGAUUGGUUCAACAGUACAUGGACAUAUCCUACAUCAUACCAUGUAACAUUUUUUGGUGAACCUGUGACACGAGCCUGGGUCACUUGCAGGAGCAUCAAAGUCUUCAAGCAACAUGAUACUUAUAGAAAAUUCCUUAAUGAUGGGAAGAAGGAUCCAACCAGAGACAUUGUACUACGUAAGGCAGUGCAAGAGGCUUGUCAUGCCAUCUCCAUGGAAGUCCAGCACCGCAGAAAGACCUAUACAUUUGUUGCCAGAUACACUGGUAAAAUUGGGAAAUCAUCUGACAGUCAUUCAGAAACUCAUAAUAUGAAGACAGCAUCUCCUAUCAAAAUGACUUUGGCACAGAGGAAACAGCAGCAAGAAGCAAAACAGUUACAUUCCACAGCAUUCACAAUUGCUGGCCAACCCAGUUCAGCUCAGGUGAGAGAUAGUACUGUAAUUGACUACAAAAAGAAUAUACAAUCUGAACCAUUCCAUGAUAAUAUAAGUGCUAAAAAUACAGAUAACAAUGAAAAUUAUUGUAAAAGUACAAGAAAAAAACAAAAUUCAGACUGUAAACUCAAUGAAUGGAACUCCUCAGAAAAAAAAGUAAGAAAGAUUAAAGGUAUCAUGAAUAGUACCAGCAAAGAGAUAACCUCCAAGAUGGAACGUAGUAACUUAGGUGGCCGUAGUGAAGACCAAAAGAAAAGUGAUGAAUUUCAUGAAACUCAUAGUUCUGAUAAUACUAGCAACAGGGCACAGAAAGAUGAUGAAUAUUAUAUCACUAAAAUGUCUUGUAGAAAUGGUGUGGAAAAUACCCCAGGCAAUAAAAAAACAUUUGAAAGUGAAAAUAUCUGUGGUAACAACUCUGCUACUUUUCAGAAACAUUUCACCAUUAAAGAAACGAAAGGAACUAAAGGAACUGGUUCAGAGAAAAGUGAAGAAAUCAGUGACAGUGGAAAAGAAAUGCAUGAAAGUGACCAAAACUUAGAUAGUAAAAACAGUCACAUAAUGUCACACACACAAUAUGAUGAAAAUGAAGAACAGUUUGAUUCUUUUAAUUCUGAGUAUGUAGGGAGAAACAAAGAGCAAGAUGAUACUCAUGAAGGAAAAACAGACAAUAUGAGCAAUGAUGAGGAUACAGGUGAUGACCAAAACUAUACAGAUCACAAAGAACAUAAUCAGAAUCCCUAUGAUACUGCAUAUGUGGAUGAAAAACAUGACAAUGAAAGUAGUAGUUAUGAGGAGUAUCAUAUAGGAACUGAUGUCAGUCAUGCACAUAGUGACAAUGAAAGUAGUCCUGAACGAUAUGACAAUGAAAGAAGUCAUGAACAACUUCACACUGAAGACAGCUGUAAAACACAUGCAUGGAAUAACAACAAAGGUACAGGAAAUACUGAAGAACAGAAUCAUGGUGAUUAUGAUCAGGAUGACAAUGAAGAUAAAUGUGAAGAAUUAGAUAAUACAGGGUAUGAUUAUGAACAGGAUAAUGACUAUGAAAUCCUGGAUAAUGAAAAAAAAUGUAACUCACAAAAAAACUAUGAUGAUAAAGGGGAUGAUGAACAAUAUAAUGAGGAGACCUAUGAGGAACGAGACAAAGGAGAUGAUUGUGAGUCACAAAAAACAUAUAAUAAUGGCAGUAAUUAUGGACAGCAUAAUGGAGAGACUUACGAAAGACACAACAGUAGAGGUGAUUGUGAAGUUCAGAAUUAUGAAAGUAAUGAUGAUGUUGAAUAUGAAAAUGAGGAUGAUUAUGAUGAACAGGAUAACAUUGAGUAUGAAGAUAAUAAAGGAAAUAUUGAAAAACAAAAAUACUUUGAAGAACAAGAUAACACUGUGUGUGAAGACAGUGAAUGCAGUAGUGAAGAACAGAAUGAUUAUGAAGAACUGGAUAAUUGUGGUUCUGAAGAAGGUGAAAGUGACUGUGAAGAAUAUUAUGAAAAUGAAAUAUAAUGAUGAUAAGGGAUAUGGUUUUGAAGAGCAAGAUAAAUAGUAACAAAGAAUAAAGAUAAGCAAGAUACUUCUUUUCAAAAGCAUGAUCAGAUAUGAAGGAGAAAGCAUUCAAGUACAUUUGAAGCACAUAAUUACUGUAUAUUACAGAUAUUGAUAUUAAAGACUUGCAUAAAAUUCCCUAUAAAACUUAAAAUGAGUUGGCCUAAACAUUUACGUCAUUCAGUAAUAAUGGAAAUAAGGAAAUCAUUAUAAACCUUGUAAAAAUUAAAUCCUAAGAAAACUUUUAGAUUUAUGUGGUUAGUGAUAAAUAUGGAAUGAAGGAAGAUCAUUUUGUAUUUUUCAAGAAUGAAGACAGUGCAAGAAAAGAUCAGUGCCACCAUUUGAUGAAUACAAGUACAUGUAAUGAAUAAUAAGGAAAGCUUACAGUUACAAAAUUAAGUGAAAAAUACAAAGUAAGAGAGAUUUGGCAAAGAUAUUCAGAUAAUGAACAUUAAAUUAGAUAUGACCACUAACUAUGCACAAAUGUUUCUUAUUUUUUUAUUCAUUUAUUUUUCCUCUCUCUCUCUCUCUCUCUCUCUCUCUCUCUCUCUCUCUCUCUCUCUCUCUCUCUCUCUCUCUCUCUCUCUCUCUCUCUCUCUCUCUCUCUCUCUCUCUCUCUUUAGAUGAAGUCAUGCUAUUUUAUUGAAUCUAGCUUUGAUUGUCAAAAUGUUAUCUGUAAUGAAGAUGAUUAGGAAAAUUAGUUGUGGUUCAUUCAUUAUGUUAAAAACAAAAUGAGGUCCUUAUACUACAUGUAGCUUAAAUACCAUUUUUAGUAAUAUUUGCUUUCAGUUAGUGGAUCUUUCAUUUACUCUAUUUUUAACGGAUGUGAAUUAAAUUAGUUGUGUUUCCUUUUUCUUCCGUGUAUAUAUGUAGUUGCUAUAUACCUUGUUUUACCCAUUUUUCUAUAUUGUCAUGGGAUGCAUGAAGUUAUAUGCUUCAGCAUUUUCUAGUUCAUGGAUUUCUUAAGGUUGAUAUUUUGUUGAAGACUUGUUAUUCUGCACUUUACAGCAAGUAGAAGUCUAUUUUUUAUGAAGGUACAGAUUUUUUUUUCUUUUUUCCUCCAUUACUAUGCUUUCCCUUUUCUUGUAUUAUAUAUGUAUGCACCUCAAUGAUUGGGAGAUUUAUUGUAUAAUUUACUCAUUAAAAAUUGCAGAGCUUCAGAUUAAUGUUUCAUGGUGUACAGUCGGCAAAUCCCAAUCUCAGAGAGCACAUUUUACUCAAGACCUCCCAGCAAGCAGAAAAAGUGGGCUGUGACAAAUUAAAUUUUUGGCAUCUCAAAUGCAUCUCUCCUCCUCACUCACACCCAUAGCAACAAUGACUAAUAUUCCGUAGGUCACUAGUGUCAGUGUUAAUUUUUUUGGUGACGCAUGAUCAGCUCUGUUCUUGGGAUGAAACGCAUUAUAUUAUUUAUGUUCAUGCUGUGGUGUUGGUAAUGAUGAGUGUAAGGCAGCAAGUCACAGUGAUAUCACUCAAUCAUAGAUCUUUGCAUGUUAUUCUUAAAUGGUGUCGAAAUAGUAAAAUAUCUGGAUUUAAAACACGAAACUUGCAGAACCUCAUACCAAAAUUCAUCAAGGGAGACAGUGAGGAAUUGUCUUUUUACAAACAUGGUGGUGGCAUUCCUUUAUUGUUAUCCAACAGCUUCUAGCUUCUUUGCAAAGGCAGUUGAACUCUAUUCCAACUCUUAUGGUGAGUCAGGUGAAGGGAAACACCAGAGAUGCCAGCACUGUGCCUCCAACUCUUAUAGCAAAGCAGCUAAAGGGAAGCAGCGGAGAUAUCACCACUGUGCUUGUGUAAAGACAGUUCCUCACUGCCUCACUUGAUGAAUUUUUGUAUGAGGUUCUCAAAGUUUCACGUAUUCUAAUUAACAUGUUUUGCUACAUCAUCACCAUUCAAGCCCAACAUGAAGAUCUAUGAUUGAGUGAUAUCACCGUGACUUGUUUUUUCUCGCACUCAUCACAACAAGCACCAUUAAGUGAAAAGAACAAAAUGCAUUCUAACCCAAGAUAAAAACCUGAUUAUGCAUCACCAAAGACACAAUGAAUAUUGACACUGGUAACUAAUACUGAUCAUUGUUGCCAUGGGUGUAAGUGAGGAGGAGAGAUGCACAUGAGAUGCCAAUAAGUUAAUUUGUUCCAGCCCAUUUUUCAUGCUUGCUGGGGGGCCUUAAGUAAAACGUACUCCCCAAGCAGGCUUUGCAGCCCAAAUGCAAGGUCAUCAUUUGCUGACUCUAAAUCUUCCAUAUUGUUACAGUGCUGAUGAAAAAUGUCAAACCUUUCCCAGGUGAACAUUUUAUAGUUUCUGAAAUAGUCUUAUAUGAUAUUGUGAAUACAUAUAUACCUUCAGCUGUAAUGUGCAUACAUGUUAUUAUAUUCAAAUUUUUAUCAUGAUGAAUGUUCUCAAGCUAAAGCAGUGAUCAGGUGUAUCAUCAAGAAUUCAGUGAAAAAGCCCCAUGAGUGAGGAGUACAAGUUGAAAAGUUUGUAUGUACAGUCAUGGUUAUAAGUAAAGUAAUCUGCUUUCA